UUUGCCCAGGAAGUCCUUGGAGAGAGCAAACCAAGGAGCGUCGAUUCCGCUUCCGCUUCUCUCCUUGGUGAGGCAGGAAGAGUGAAAGCAGGGGAAGAGGAGCCACGAGGAGCAGGUAAUGGGAAAGAACUCUUACGUAGCUUUCUGUGAAUCCAUUGGAAGGAAGCAAGGAUGAAGCAGGAAUAAAGUGGAUCAAGUGGAAAAUAAGUCAACAAGUAGGAUGAGAACUCCCUCCAUUUCUCUAAUGUCCAUGACUGUCUGAUCCAAGAAGGUGAGAAAAGCAGAAGGUGUUCACUGUUUGGGAAAACUCAACAAUUUCAAGUACUUUUGGGCAGAGCUGAAUGAGCAGAGAGCAAGAGCCAUAGAAAUCCAUGGAGUCUGAAAAUAGUAUCAGUCCAACUGUUUCCUCAUGCCAAAGAACCCGCAGAAGGGGCAAAUCAUUUAAAUGCACAGAAUGUGGUAAGAAUUUCAACCACAGAGGACACCUUACUACGCAUCAAAGGAUACAUACAGGGGAGAAACCAUAUCAGUGCACAGAAUGUGGGAAGAGUUUCAGCUUAAGAGGAAGCCUUACUAUCCACCAAAAAAUUCACAGUGGAGAGAACCCAUAUCAAUGCCUGGAGUGUGGAAAGAGUUUCCCUGUUGCUGGACGUCUGACAACACAUCAGCGACUUCAUACAGGUGAAAAGCCUUAUAAAUGCAUGGAGUGCAAAAAGAGCUUCCGUUUAAGCAAUAACUUACUUUUACAUCAACGAGUCCACACAGGAGAGAAACCAUAUAAAUGCCUAGAGUGUGGAGAGAGCUUCAAUAACAAAGGAAGUCUUACUGGCCACCAAAGAAUCCACACAGGGGAAAAACCAUGUACAUGUGUAGUGUGUGGAAAGAGCUUCCGUUUAAGUACUAUCCUUUCUGCGCAUCGAAGAGUCCACACAAAGAAGAAACCACAUAAAUGUAUGGAAUGCGGAAAGAGCUUCGGUUCAAGUCAAGAGCUUACUGUGCACCGAAGACUCCACACAGGAGAGAAACCAUAUCAAUGCCUGGAGUGUGGAAGGACCUUCCGGGAAUCAGGGAAACUAACUCUGCACCAGAGAACCCACACAGGGGAGAGACCAUAUACCUGCCUGGAGUGUGGAAAGAGCUUCCGCCAAAAGCCGCAUCUUACUACACAUCUGAGAAUCCACACAGGGGAGAAGCCAUAUAAAUGCCUAGAAUGUGGAAAGAGCUUCAGUAAUGGUGGAAAUUUCAUUAAUCAUAAAAAAAAACACACAGGGGAGAAACCGUAUAAAUGCAUGGAGUGUGGAAAGAACUUCCGCUUAAGUACCAGCCUUACUUUGCACCAAAGAACCCACACUGGUGAGAAACCGUAUAAGUGCACCACCUGUGGGAAAAGCUUCACUCAACAUUCACACCUUUCCAUCCACCGGAGAAGCCACACAGGAGAAAAACCAUAUCAAUGCACAGAAUGCGGAACGCAUUUCAGCUGUAAAGAUAGCGUUACUCGUCAUGAAAGGAUGCACGCGCAGGAAAAAACAUCCAAAUGCAUAGAGGGAGCAAAGACCUCCAGUGAAAAGAGGAAACUGAGUUUCAAAAAACCAUUGUAGAGCUUGUUCCAAGUUCUUAUCAGAAUUUUCCUAAUUGGGUGUUUAUUAAAGUUUGGGUCUUCUGGUCCUUUUCCAUAAAUUAAGUAUGUAUGCAAGCCACAUUUUAAGUCAGCUUCUUCAAAAACUAUGGGGCUUUGAUUAUCAGAUGGAUCAAUGUUUUUGACCAAUUCAGUAUAGCUGCUUCAGAGGGCUGUUGAAUAGAUGGAAAAUCCAUGGGUGUAGAGCAGGUAUGGGCAAACCCAGGCCUGGGAACCAAAUGCAGCCCCUUGGACUCUUUUUUCAGUCCCUCCUCUCUCUCACCAUCCUAUCCUUCCUUCUCUCUUUCCUUCCUCCUUCCAUCCCUCCCUUCUUUCUUUACCUUCCUCUUUCUCCCUCCUUCCUUCCCUCUUUCCUCCCUCCUUCCCUCUCACUCUUUCUCCUUCCUUUCCUUUCCUUUUGUCUUUCCUCCCUCCCUCCAGUCCGUUCCACACUUCCUUCCAUCUUCUCUUCCUCCCUUCUCUUUUCCCUU